UUUCCAAGAUUGCUGAAUGAUGGCGGACAGGGAAAAAAUGAAUUAACAGACUUUAAAUCAUAUAGCGUUUCACCUUAUGUCGAGAAAAAUCUUCUAAUGGAAAUACAUCAAGAAAUAUUUGACAUGGAUUUAACUACGGAAGGAAGAUUGGGAACACGGUGCCUGCUGCUCUCGCUUCUGCUCCUCGCAGCCUGGGAGGCGGGGAGCGGCCAGCUUCACUACUCGGUUCCCGAGGAGGCCAAACACGGCACCUUCGUGGGCCGCAUCGCGCAGGACCUGGGACUGGAGCUGGCGGAGCUGGUGCCGCGCCUGUUUCGGGUGGAGUCCACAGGCCACAGGGACCUUCUGGAGGUAAAUCUGCAGAAUGGCAUUUUGUUUGUGAAUUCUCGGAUCGACCGGGAGGAGCUGUGCGGGCGGAGCACGGAGUGCAGCAUCCACCUGGAGGUGAUCGUGGACAGGCCGCUGCAGGUUUUCCAUGUGGAGGUGGAGGUGAAGGACAUUAACGACAACCCUCCUGUGUUCCCAAUAAAGGAACAAAGAUUGCCGAUUUACGAAUCUAGGCUGCCAGAUUCUCUGUUUCCACUAGAGGGCGCAUCGGAUGCAGAUGUUGGAUCAAAUUCCAUCUUAACCUACAAGCUCAGUCCCAGCGAAUACUUUGGGCUAGAUGUGAAAACAAACAGCGAUGACAACAAACAAAUCGAGCUCGUGUUAAGAAAAUCCUUGGAUAGAGAGGACGCCCCUGAACAUAACUUGCUCCUGAUGGCCACCGAUGGAGGCAAACCUGAACUCACAGGCUCUGUUCAACUGCUGGUCGUCGUGCUGGAUGUGAAUGAUAAUGCUCCUAGGUUCGAACAGUCUGAAUACGAAGUUAGAAUAUUUGAAAACUCAGACAAUGGAACAACAGUCAUCAGACUGAACGCUUCUGAUCAAGACGAAGGAACGAAUGGGGCAGUUUCGUAUUCUUUUAAUAGCUUAGUUGCACCCAUGGUAACCAAGCAGUUUAAUAUAGAUCCAAAUACAGGAAAAAUUGUAAUUCAAGGAAAUUUGGAUUUUGAGCAAGUAAAUUUAUACAAAAUCCGCGUUGAUGCGACGGACAAAGGACACCCUCCGCUGGUGGGCCAUUGCACGGUUUUAGUGAGAGUGUUGGAUAAAAAUGAUAAUGUGCCACAGAUUGCACUGACUUCUUUAUCUUUGCCUAUCCAAGAGGACACUCAGUUGGGUACUGUCAUUGCCCUAAUCAGCGUGUCGGACCGUGACUCUGGAGUCAAUGGGCAGGUGACCUGCUCUCUGAAGCCAGAAGUUCCCUUCAAGCUAGUGUCCACUUUCAAGAAUUACUAUUCCCUGGUCCUUGACGGCGCCUUAGACCGAGAGACCAUAUCUGACUAUAAGGUGGUGGUGACCGCGCGGGACGGGGGCUCGCCCUCGCUGUGGGCCACGGCCAGCGUGUCCGUGGAGGUGGCCGACGUGAACGACAACGCGCCUGCGUUCGCGCAGCCCGAGUACACGGUGUUCGUGAAGGAGAACAACGCGCCGGGUUCGCACAUCUUCACGGUGUCGGCGCGGGACGUGGACGCGCAGGAGAACGCGCUGGUGUCCUACUCGCUGGUGGAGCGGCGGGUGGGCGAGCGCGCGCUGUCGAGCUACGUGUCGGUGCACGCGGAGAGCGGCAAGGUGUACGCGCUGCAGCCGCUGGACCACGAGGAGCUGGAGCUGCUGCAGUUCCAGGUGAGCGCGCGCGACGCUGGCGUGCCGCCCCUGGGCAGCAACGUGACGCUGCAGGUGUUCGUGCUGGAUGAGAACGACAAUGCGCCCGCGCUGCUGGGGCCUGCUGUGGGCGGCGCGGUGAGCGAGCUGGUGUCGCGGUCAGUGGGCGCGGGCCACGUGGUGGCGAAGGUGCGCGCGGUGGACGCGGACUCUGGCUACAACGCGUGGCUGUCUUAUGAGCUGCAGCCGGCGGCGGGUGGUGCGCGCAGCCCGUUCCGCGUGGGGCUGUACACGGGCGAGAUCAGCACGACGCGCGCCCUGGACGAGGCUGAUGCGCCGCGUCAGCGCUUGUUGGUGUUGGUGAAGGACCAUGGCGAGCCAGCGCUGAUGGCCACUGCCACCGUGCUGGUGUCUUUGGUGGACGGUGGUCAGACACCAAAGGCCUCUUCGAGGGCAUUGGUGAACGCUGCAGACCCAGAGGUAGCGCUGGUGAAUGUCAACGUGUACCUGAUCAUUGCCAUCUGCGUGGUGUCCAGUCUGCUGGUGCUCACGUUGCUGCUGUACACCGCGCUGCGUUGCUCAGCGGCGCCCCCCGGGAGCAUGUGCGGGCCUGGGAAGCCCAUGCUGGUGUGCUCCAGCGCGGUGGGGAGCUGGUCGUACUCACAGCAGAGGCGGCAGAGGGUGUGCUCUGGAGAGGUGCCACCCAAGACAGAUCUCAUGGCUUUUAGCCCUAGCCUUCCUCCUCAUACCGUUGGGGUGGAUAUGGGCGAGCAUCAGGAUUUAAAUGAAGAUCAUUAUGCAAGAGUAAGUCUGUAUUUUGAUAAUUAA